UGGAAAAGUGUCAUAUGGUCUCUCGUUGAUUGCUUUCCAUGUCGGAGAAGACCGUGGAUAAAUCACCUUUUGAUUAGGGUUUCCGUCGAUCUCGCCUCUCUUCUAAAUCUGCGAGUUCAUUCAGAGCUAGUGAACCUUCGUUCCUUCCUUCCUUCCUUCGUUCACAAGGUAGCGUUCUGCUGAUGGAGUCUCUUUCCAGAUCGAGCGGCGACGAGGACGAGCUCAGGAGGGCUCAAGGAUCGUCUCAAAGAUCUGAAAUGACGGGGAAGGUGGACGGGAAGAGUGGUGAGCAGAAACCAGGCACGCCAACUACGCCAAAAUCAAAGCAUUCAGCAACCGAGCAGCGUCGUAGGUGCAAAAUCAAUGAUAGAUUUCAGAUACUUAGAGACCUCAUACCUCAGUGUGAUCAGAAGAGGGAUAAAGCUUCGUUUCUUUUAGAGGUUAUUGAAUAUGUCAAAUUUUUACAAGAAAAGGUACAAAAGUAUGAAACCUUCCCAAGCUGGAAUCAGGAAAACGAGAAAUUGAUACCAUGGAGCAACAAUCAAGGAGGGUCUAGAGAGAGUAUAACAGACCCUUCUAACCUUGCUAAAAAUGGUCCUCAGUCUGGCCUCUUGUUUGCUGGAAAGUUUGUUGAUAAUACGAAUCUGGGGGAACAAAUAUCUCUCUCGAACGUGCAGAAUGUAGCAGAAGCUGAUGUGAAUCUUGUUCCAAUGCAGUCAAACUAUUAUGCUUCUGUUGGUAGGGGAUCUGAUUUUAUGCAGCCUCAAGAGAGAUUAAUUACAGACUCUGAAAACUUAGUAUCUCAUUCUCAAUCUGAGUGGCAAGGUUCUUCCUGCAUGGCCGAUUGCACUGUGGGCUGCGAAAAUGAUCAAGAAUUGACCAUAGAUGAGGGCACAAUUAACUUUUCUAGCAUCUACUCCCAAGGUUUGUUGACUACGCUAUCACAAGCGGUUGCUAGUUCAGGAUUAGACCUGUCGCAAGCAAGCAUUUCUGUACAGAUUAAUCUUGGUAGGCGUGCAAUCAAAAGGCCUACCAACACUAAUGUGUCCGAUGGAAAGGAUCUGUCUGACCCGUCAAUUAUGAAUCAAGCGAUUGGGGUGCCCGGGCCAGGGAGCAACUUUUCAGAGUCCGAACAAACUAAGAGGCAAAAGGUAGACAACAGCUAAUGCCUAUUGUGCCUGUGAUCUCCUGCCAAAUGAACUGGUGGUGUAUGAGCAAUAUUGUGUAUUCUUUGUAUUCUGCAUCAUAUUUUGUGAGGUUUUCAUGUAGUGGUCCUUGUUAACCGGCUAGCAGCGCGAAUUGUACUGAUCAAGAAACACAAUUGCUUUCCUCCUAUGCUUAAUUCGAUUCAUCUGUCUAGUUUAAA